ACACAUGUCCUCAGCCACUGGUUCACAUUGUAUAUCGGUUCUUUUAUCAAGAAAGAUGAAAUAUUUCUGAAUUUCUUCUAUCCCUUCAUAGUCAUCAUAGGAUGAAUUUGCAUGCCAUGGUUUCUCUACCUUCCUCACUUUCUGUCACUGCAACUCUUAACCUCCAACCACAAUUCAGAAAAUACCCACCAACCACUUUUCCACUAGAUAAGGGACAAAGCAUUUCAUUACAGAAAAGCCACAUAUCCACACAUUUGAAUCCCAGUAGGCACCUUAAUUUUCAAGAAGCACUUUCAUUUGCAAAAGAAUGUAAAGAGGAAGUGGAUUCAUCUUUCUACAUUCCCUUGUUACAACAAUGCUCACAAAACUGCUCCUUUUCAUCCACACAAAUUAUUCACUGUCACAUAGUGAAAACAGGUAACCAUGAAGACCCUUUUUUGUCAACAUUUCUAAUCAGCGUUUAUGCCAAAUGCGGUAACAUAGAGGAUUCUAAAAGAGCAUUUGAUCACUUGAACAGCAGAAAUGUUAUUGCUUGGACAAAUUUAAUGAAGGGUUAUGUACAAAACUCAAUGCCAAUACAUGCUGUACAUUUGUUUCAAGAGAUGUUACAUUCAGAAUGUUACCCUUCAAUUUACACUCUUGCUAUAGCCAUUAAUGCUUGUACAUCUUUGCACUCUUUGAAGUUAGGAGAACAGUUACAUGCUUACAUAAUCAAAUACAAUGUUGAUUUUGACACAAGUAUCGGCAAUGCACUUUGUAGUUUAUACUCUAAAUGUGGUGGUAGGUUGGAAUUUGGUCUAAAAGCAUUUAGGAGAAUCAAAGAAAAAGAUGUUAUUUCUUGGACUGCUGCGAUUUCUGCUUGCGGCGAAAAUGGUGAAGCUAUGAAGGGUUUGAGAGUUUUUGUUGAGAUGCUUUUAGAUGAAGUUUGGGUUGAGCCUAAUGAGUACACUUUAACUACUGUGUUGACUCAGUGUUGUGAGGUUAAGUGCUUGGAGCUUGGCGUUCAGGUUCAUUCUUUGUGUACUAAAUUAGGGUACGAAUCGAACCUACGCGUUCAAAAUUCUUUAUUGUAUUUGUACAUUAAAUGUGGUUGUAUCGGUGAAGCUCAAAGGGUUUUUAAAGGAAUGGAUGCUGUCAAUUUGAUUACAUGGAAUGCUAUGAUUGCUGGAUUUGCACAAAUGAUGGAACUUUCAAAGGAUAAUCUUUCUGCAUACCGAAUUGGAAGUGAAGCACUCAAACUUUUCUCCGAGUUGAAUCAGUCUGGCAUGAAACCUGAUUCGUUUACGCUCUCAAGUGUGUUGAGUGUUUGUAGUAGAAUGAUGGCUUUAGAACAAGGAGAACAGAUUCAUGCUCGGAUGAUCAAAACUGGGUUGGUGUCAGACGAUGUUGUAGGUUCUUCUUUGGUUAAUAUGUAUAACAAAUGUGGAAGCAUCGAGAGAGCAAGCAAAGCUUUUCUAGAGAUGUCCAUUAGAACAAUGAUAUUAUGGACUUCCAUGAUUAAUGGUUUUGCACAGCAUGGUUGGUCAAAGCAAGCAUUGAAUCUUUUCGAAGAUAUGAAACUUGUAGGAGUUAGACCAAACCAGGUCACUUUUGUCGGCAUUUUAUCGGCCUGUGGAAAUGCUGGUAUGACCAAUGAAGCAUUCAAUUACUUUAAGAUUAUGCAAAAGGAAUAUAAAAUUAAACCUUUGAUGGACCAUUAUGCUCGUUUGGUUGAUAUGUUAGUGAGGCUCGGUCGGCUAGAGGAAGCUUUCAAUUUGAUAAAAAAAAUGGAUUAUGAAGCUAGUGAGUUUAUUUGGUCGAAUUUGUUAGCUGGUUGUUUAAGCCAAGGGAAUCUAGAAUUGGGAUGUCAUGCUGCAGAAAAGUUAUUAAGUCUCAAACCAAAAGAUGUAGAGACAUACGGAUUGUUGUUGAAUACGUACGCCUCAGCCGGGAGAUUCGAUGAAGUUUCUAAAGUGAAGAAUAUAAUGAAAGAAGAGAAAGUUAAAAAGUUAAAGGACUGGAGCUGGAUUAGCAUCAAAGACAGAGUGUAUUCAUUUGAAACAAAUGAUAAGGCACACAUAGAGAGUUCACUAGUAAAUAAAUCAUUGGAGGAUUUACUUGUGAAAGCAAAGAAUCUUGGAUAUGAGAUGUUAGAAAGUGUGGAAAUAUGUGACAAAGAAGAGGAUGAAAAGACAUCUUCCCCUAGCAUUUAUCACAGUGAGAAACUAGCCAUUACAUUUGGGUUGGAGAAUUUGCCAAAUUCUUCACCAAUAAGAGUUGUUAAGAAUACCUUAAUGUGCAGGGAUUGCCAUAAUUUUAUGAAGUAUAUCUCAACACUGACUAGUAGGGAAAUCAUUGUUAAAGAUAGUAAGAGGCUACAUAAAUUUGUCAAUGGACAAUGCUCUUGUGGGAAUGUUGGUGGGUUUCUCUGAUAUCCCCUAAGAUGCAGCUAAAAAUUGUUCUAGGAAGUUAACUUUUGAGUUUUGAUUGUAGCUUCACACAAAAAAGUACAGCAUGUAUUAACUGAGUUCAAAUCCACUCCAUUUCCUUAAGGAUGAGAUUAAAAACCAAGUUCAACA